UCCUGCACAUCUGUGCUCUUAUUUCGAAAAGCUCAGGCACUUUUUUCUAACUCGUUUGAGGAAAUAAUCCGAGAAUUGUUCCGAACGCGCCGCGUUUGCCCUGGAACAUUACACACAAGUCUGACGCAGAAGAGCGUUUAAAGGAGAGUUUCCACACCAGGCGAGGCCCCAUAUGGACUAAAAGCAACCAAAUUAAAGUGACACUACGACUUUUACCCCAGGACUAAAGCGGCCCACAGCACUGAGCAAUGUCCAACCCAACCGGCAGAGGGCAUGGGGGUCUUAAUCAACUAGGCGGCAUGUUUGUAAAUGGACGCCCGCUCCCGGAGGUCAUCCGGCAGCGCAUUGUGGACAUGGCUCACCAGGGUGUUCGGCCCUGCGACAUCUCCCGUCAGCUGCGGGUCAGCCAUGGCUGCGUCAGCAAGAUUCUGGGCAGAUACUAUGAGACAGGAAGCAUAAAACCUGGAGUGAUUGGUGGCUCAAAGCCAAAGGUUGCUACCCCAAAAGUGGUGGACAAGAUAGCAGAGUACAAGCGGCAGAAUCCCACCAUGUUCGCCUGGGAAAUCCGAGACAGGCUCCUGGCUGAGGGAGUGUGUGACAACGACACAGUGCCCAGCGUCAGUUCCAUAAACAGGAUCAUCCGGACCAAGGUGCAACAGCCAUUUAAUGUGUCCUUGGACAGCAAGAACCUCAGCCCAGGUCACACACUAAUUCCAAGUUCCGCGGUCACCCCUCCCGAGUCGCCUCAGUCAGACUCUCUGGGUUCCACCUACUCCAUUAAUGGCCUUCUGGGUAUUCCACAGGCCAGCUCAGAAGGCAAGAGGAGUCAUGACGACAGUGACCAGGAGAGCUGUCGGCACAGCGUGGACUCUCAGGGCAGCGGUGGUGGACCCAGGAAGCAGCUGAGACCUGAACAUUUCUCACCACAGCACCUGGACUGUGGCUUUGAGCGGCACCACUACACCAGCGACACGUUCGGUUCCACCACAACUGGCAAGACUGAGCAGUCACUUUAUCCCCUGUCUCUCCUGAAUGGAAGUUUAGAGGAAGGCAAAGCCAGCCUCGCAACAUCCAGCGCAGCCAUUGGCCGAAACCUAGCAGCACACCAGGGCUAUGCGGUUGUGACAGAUGCCCUACAGCCCCUUCCCAUCUGCCUGAAACAGGAAAUGUCACCGGACGGUGCUAGUUCGAGUCCCUCGCCCAACAUUAUAGGCAACUCUGCGUUCUUGGAAAUGGGCGCCAUUUCUGCCCCGUCGCCAGUGUCUGUGGGUAACGGCGGCAGCAGCUCCAUGCAUUUCUCUCAUCCCUUCAACUCAUUUCCCCAUCAUGCACCAGUGUACAGCCAGUUCAGCAGCCAGUCUCUCAUCACAGGGCGAGACAUGGUGAGUUCAACGCUCCCCGGAUAUCCUCCACACAUCCCAUCAGCCGGACAGACAGGUUACUCGACCUCGGCUAUCACAGGAAUGGUAGCAGGUGCAGAGUACUCGGGCCAGACUUACACACACUCGCCAUACACAUCUUACAGCGACGCGUGGAGAUUCACCAACUCCAGCUUACUAGGUUCACCAUAUUACUACAGCUCCGCAUCUCGUACGGCUCCACCCACCACCACUGCGUACGAUCAUCUUUAGCAGCAAAGGAUCAAAUAUUGAGAAAGGAGCGAUACACAUCUAACUUCACAUAUCUUCCACAAAUGUUCUAGUCCAGGCCUAUUAAAGGAACUUUCCAUCCCACCUAGAGUACCCUUCUGAGUACCCAAUGGACAUGGCAUAUAAUUAUGAUCCACUAUUUAACAGGCAAACUGUACAACUUCUGGACAAAUCCAGACAAAAAAGGAAAAAAAAAACAGAAAGCGGAACUUUCAUCUUCUCUUCAGUAACUGGAGCAAAAAGGUUUUGAAGGACAUGAGAAACAGGCCAGCAUGGACAAAAUGUUUUGUUGCCUGAGACUUUGGUUGAUUAUUUAUUCACUUCACUGACCAAACGCACAAGUUUAACCGUCUAUUUAAACAGCCAUCAUGUCUUGCCCCAGGUUUUUGAACCAAAAUGCAUGGCGCAACAGCCAAAGAUCUUACUGCAGUUUGCUUUCAGACCUUAACUGCGUUCAUGACCUGUGGUGCAUGAAGAACAAAUCCAGACACCCAGCUUUUUUUUCUUCCUCAUGCUCUGCUAUUCUUCUGUUUGUUCCUCUUUCUCUUCAUUUCCCUGGUCUUAUAAGCCUUUUAGGAUUGCAGCAUUUGCAGUGGUUUCAAGUUCCAUGCAUUUAUUUUUUUUAUUUUUUCCAACAAACAACUUGAUCAUCAUUUUCAGCAACAGCAACAAACAACAAAAUCAGUUGUCAAUUUAAAUACCAUUACAAACUGCCUGCUGGUCGUUUCAGUGGGAAAAUGUGUAAAUAAUGUAGAAAAUAAAAAAACCCUUAUUAAAAAAAACAAAAACUUUUAUGCUACAAAUAAUUAGGAGUGGAUUUUAUGGGGAUGAAUUAGUACAUUGUAAGAGAAGUUGUAAGAAAACGUUUUAUUUUCUCCCUCCCAUAUGUACUACAUUUGUUGUCAAAUGGUUUUGCUAAGAUCUGUGAUUAAACUAUUGCUUUUUAUUGUACUGUGAAAGAUAUGAUUAAUCAAUUUCUA